AUGGCACAACCAGGUUCAUCUGGUGUGCCUGGCCCUGCAGGGCGCAGACUUCAUAUCGCCCAUCGCCGCAGUCCGUCCGAGCUCACUCCGCUCAUGAUGGAACAACUGGCUCUUCAGCAACAGAUCGAGUUAUUACAACAGCAACAACAACAGAUCGCUGCUACUCAUCAGCAGUAUGUCAACAUGGGCAUGAUUCAGCAGCCUUUGCAAGGCAUGCCGACCUAUUCUCCCAUUCAAGGGCAACCCAAUCUCCAGGGAAUUUCGCCCAACAACACCAAUUUCCAGUUCCCUCAAAUCCAGCAGCAAAUGGCGAUGCAGGCAAAUGCUGCUGGACAAGCUGGAGCUCAUCGUAGAAAUCAAUCCGCGCUUCCGGGCAUGGCCAUGGGCCCUCCACCAGCACCAUCCACUGGCACCGCCGGCGCAGCCUAUGGCGACUUUAACCAGCAGGCAAUGGGCCAGAAUCGAGAAAAUGCCAGUGGCCGUGGCGGAAGAGGAGGUUCUGCACAGAGUGGACAUACUCGACGUCAUUCCUUAGCUCUUCCCGAGGCAAAGAAGGCAGCUGAGCUCGCAGAAAAGAAGCGGACCGCUGCUGGGUUCCAGUUUCCCAUUCCAGGAGCAGGAGGUAUCGCGGAAAGUCCUGUUGCUGCUACUCCUUCCGAUGAUAGAUUGAACACCCCCGUCACUCCUGGCGGGCUGGGUCUACAGCGUGCUGGCAAUGCACGUAUGGUUGGUCACAGUCGAAGCCAGAGCAUGGCUGCUGGAAGUGUUCGGGGUGGAGGCGCGGCUGGUCGUGGAGGCGGUGCAUUCCAGUUCCCACCCCCGGGUGAUACUGGUGCAGGUAACCAGUCAGACCUACAGCGGCGUGGUAGCCAAAGUAGUCACACGAGACAGGGAUCCCGCAACUUCGAGGGCAAUUGGCGUCAACAAAAUAAUCAGCAGACAACAGAGCAGUCACCUCAACAGAUGGGCCAAUUCAGCCAAACGCAAGCCAUGGGCGGUGGAAAUUUCCAGCCAGGCCAUCGCGGACGAGGAUCGAUGAACCAGUCCAUCGGCUCGAUGAGUGGAUUCCAAUAUCCUGGCCAGCCACAGCUGGUGCAACUCCCGCAGGGCCAAAUGAUGAUGGCACCUCAGAUGUUUGCCGGCCAGCAGCUGAAUGCCUUGCAGAUCGCCCAGCUUCAGGCAAUGCAAGGUGCGCAGCUUGGUGGUCUUCAAGCGAGCCAGCAUGCUCCUCCAAUGGGGUUACAACAGCAGCAGCAGCAACAGCGAAAGACUCUGUUUACCCCUUACCUCCCCCAAGCCACGCUUCCUGCGCUGCUCAAUGACGGCCAACUGGUUGCAGGCAUCCUCCGAGUGAACAAGAAGAAUCGCUCCGAUGCCUAUGUCACUACCAACGACCUCGAUGCAGACAUCUUCAUUUGUGGUAGCAAAGACCGGAAUCGCGCUCUCGAGGGUGAUCUGGUCGCGGUCGAACUGCUUGACGUCGACGAAGUAUGGGGUCAGAAGCGUGAGAAGGAAGAGAAGAAAAAGCGCAAAGACAUCACCGACACUCGCUCGUCGGGUAACAACCAGAACGGCAAGAGCGAUGCGGCCUCGAGUACCGACACUACCUCUAUUGCGCCCGACGGUAGCAUUCGACGACGUGGGAGUUUGCGUCAGCGUCCAACGCAGAAGAAGAAUGACGAUGUCGAGGUCGAAGGUCAGAGUCUGCUGUUGAUGGAGGAAGAAGAGAUCAGCGACGAACAGAAGCCUCUCUACGCAGGCCACGUCGUCGCCGUUAUUGAGCGCGUCGCUGGGCAGAUGUUUUCGGGUACUCUGGGCCUGCUCCGACCAAGCAGUCAAGCCACGAAGGAGAAGCAGGAAGCUGAGCGCCAGGCACGAGAUGGAGGGCACUCACGAUCUGAAUCUCGUGCACAAGACAAGCCGAAGAUCGUGUGGUUCAAACCCACUGACAAACGUGUACCCUUGAUCGCCAUCCCCACCGAACAAGCCCCCCGGGACUUUGUGGAUAAGCAUAUGGACUAUGCCAACAGAAUCUUUGUGGCUUGUAUCAAGCGUUGGCCAAUUACUUCCCUGCACCCGUUCGGUACUCUCGUUGAACAGUUGGGCGAAAUGGGCGAUCUCCGCGUCGAGACAGAUGCCCUGCUCCGCGACAACAACUUCGGAUCAGACGAAUUCUCCGAUGCCGUCCUCAAGAGUGUCGGGUGGGACGACUGGUCGUUGAAGGCCGAGAGUGAGGAGAGCUUAGCUGCACGCCUCGACCUCCGCAACGAGCGAACUUUCACCAUUGAUCCUAAUGGCACCAACGAGCUCGACGACGCUCUCCACAUCAAGCAACUUGACAAUGGCUUGGUCGAGCUCGGCAUCCAUGUCACGGACAUUGCCCAUUUUGUUAAGGCGAACUCUUUGGUUGACCGGGAGGCCAAGAAACGAGGCACUGGCGUUUAUUUGAUGACCAGGGCUGUCAACAUGCUCCCCUCUAAAUUGUCAGCAGACAUCUGCUCGCUACUCCCUGGCGAAGGCCGUCUGACCGUGAGCGUGGUUUUCAAAGUCAACAUUGAGACGGGACAGAUUGAAGGGGAGCCUUUUAUUGGCAAAUCGAUUAUUCAGAGUUCUGGUAAACUUGGAUAUCGUGCAAUUGAUGCUGUCGUCAAGGGAAGCGAGCAACCUGACUUGACCGGCCCAACAGUCGAGGACAUCAAGACUUUGCACAAGAUCGCCAGCAAAUUCCGAGAAGCUCGCUUCGGCAACCGGUCUGCCAACAUUGCCCCUCUUCGACUGCUUUAUCAGCUCGAUGACGAGAAUAUUCCGGUUGAGCAGAACAUCUUCAAUACGUCCGCUGCUCACGAGAUCAUGGAGGAGAUCAGCUGUAAAGCCAACUAUUUCGUGGCGCAGAAGAUUUUUGCUGCUAUGCCUGACAAGGCGUUUUUGAGAAGACAAUCACCUCCCAAUCCACGACGACUUCUGACAUUCGUCGACCGCAUGACACGAGCUGGCUAUGAUGUUGAUAGCUCUAGCAGUGGAAGUCUGCAGAACAGUCUCUUUAAGGUGGGAGAUCCAGAUCUGCGCAAGGGUAUGGAAACUCUAUUGGUCAAGACGCUGCAACGUGCCAAAUAUUAUAUCGGCGAACAGGUUGCGGAGGAGCAGCGCCAGCACUACGCUCUCAACUUACCUCUUUACACCCACUUCACCAACCCUUCGCGCCGAUAUGCCGACAUCGUCGUCCACCGACAGCUGGAGGCUGCUCUCUCCAACGGUGCUAUUGAGUUCAACGAAGAUAUGGAGAGCUUGGCCAAAACAGCCGAGCAAUGCAACAACAAGAAAGACUCUGCUCAUUGCGCCCAGGAACAAAGCGUUCACAUCGAAUCUUGCCGGCUCAUGGACAAGAAAAGCAAGGAAAUGGGUGGCGACCUCAUCAGUGAGGGUGUUGUCAUUUGCGUUUACGAGUCUGCAUUCGAUGUUCUUAUCCCGGAAUAUGGCUUUGAGAAACGCGUGCACUGCGAUCAACUGCCCUUGAAAAAGGCCGAGUUCCGCAAGGAGGAACGAGUGCUCGAACUUUAUUGGGAGAAAGGGGUUCCGUCAUCCGCCUACAUUCCCGAAGACGAGAGACCCCGUGCCUCGGCGAGCACUAGGGGCACAAACGGUGCAACCGAGUCUGCACGAGAACGGGCCAAGGAACGGUACGAAUCCCAGCGCAAGCAGACGGACAGCAACACCAUGUCCACCGACGAUGUCGAUGCCCUCUUUGAUGACGAUAGUGCGUCAGAAAUUACGGAAAUGGCGGCUGGUGUGUCUCUGAACUCGCCAGUCGAUCGAUCGUCCCAUAGCAUGCCGCCUUCCCCUGCCCGCAAUGGCGGCUCGAGCCAAGCAGCAAAGUCAGGCAGGCCAGUGGGCGAUAUUCCGGAGAAUCACCUGACAGACAAGGAGAAGUAUCUCAGCUACUUCAAACUCCGGGAAGAGGGUGGUGAAUACAUCCAGGAUGUGACUGAAAUGACUCGAGUGCCGGUCAUUCUGAAGACUGACCUGACCAAGAGUCCACCUUAA